UGCUUUACCCCUUUUCUUGUUAGUUCAUUGUCCACUGCUAAACCUUGGAAAAUGAUCCGUGGACUGGGGCCGUGGGGCUGCCUACUCUUUCUGUCUUUCUAGAUGGAGAACAAAAUUGAACAGAGUAUAAACUCAGAUUUCUCAGAACACAAAAACAAAACUAUCCUCGAAUAGAAUUUCAAAGUACUUCACAACUUCUAGGUUUCUCGCUACACAGACUUCCGAGAUUAUUUUCUUCUUAAUCUUCCCUUCCCCGUUUGGUGCUCAAACAAAUUGCUUUUUUCCACACUCGGGCGUUACUUCUUUUUAUUUUUUAUUUUUCUUUUCUAUUCGACCUUUGUUUCAUUUUCUAAGAUAAAAACUAAGUUUUAGCUCUUCAAUCAUCACUUGAUCUCAUUCCCUUUAGUUUUUGUUUCCGCUCUAUGGUUCUAUGGCUUCAAAGGAACUUUCUUUUUAAUGCAAAUGUGAAAAGGGCUUGGUUUUGCGUGACCUUAAGAACCUUAAAGGUCUUAGUUGAAUGUUUCGACAAUGGCGGAUUCCACGAAAGUGAGACUGGUGCGGUGCCCAAAGUGUGAAAAUCUUCUUCCGGAGCUGGCGGAUUACUCUGUUUAUCAGUGUGGCGGCUGCGGUGCCGUUCUUCGAGCAAAAAGUAAAAAUCAGGACACAGAUACUUUAUCACAGAAAUCAGAUGAAGCUACUGUUACUGGAGUUACGGCUGAACUGCAGAAGUCCUUUGAAAAGGGAGUUGUGGAGUUGAGUGAUGCUUCUGAGGUGGAUAUUAAGUCAAAUGCUGGUUCUUUGAGUUGUGAUGAAAAGAAUCCUGAGAAGAAUGAUGUAGUUGAUUCUAAGAGUGAUAUAGUUGAUUCUGAGAAAUGUAGGAAUCCAUCAAAGGCUACGAGUGGCAAAUUGGUGGUUGAAAGUGAUCUUGACACGAGCAUAAGCAGAGAUAAUUUGGGCACUGCUGUGGGAAUAGAACGUGGCAACUUGAAUUCUGAAAUCAGACACACUAGUAGGUCUUGGAGAUCAGGGCAGAUGUCAGGCUGGCAACAUGGGGACAGAGAUGAAAUGGAGGGGUUUCGAAGAGUCAUGAGAACUGAGGUUGAAGGUGUGAGAUUCUCAACUUCAAACUACCCAGAUGAGGGACCAUCUAAUUAUAAUUUGGAUUCUUCUUAUAGUUAUGGAGAACCUUUGAGGAAUCAUGGCAGCCAUGAUGGGCCUAACAGAGUUCAACACCUUGAAAAAGAUCGAGCAGAGCUUCUUAGGAAACUAGAUGAGCUAAAGGAACAACUUAGCAGGUCAUAUGAAGUGGCUGAUAAACCCAAGGAGAAGAUUCCUCUUAAUGGAAGGAUGGCUCCUUCAGAUCCUUAUGUUGGUUCUGAUACUUGGUUUCCUAGUGCUUCAUCGAUGCCUGAUAGGACUUCAAUGCAGUUUCUUGCACCUGAUAAACAUGCAACUAGGCCGCAUUAUUUUCAUCAUCACCCUGAUCCAUUUCCUUGUACCAAUGGGCAUGAAAUGGCCAUGCACAAUUUUCAUCCUUCAAUGCACAAGUCAAAUCAUAUUCCUGGAUUUGGGGAUCCAUUUGGGCUCAAAAGAGCUCCACCUCAGUUAUCUGGUCAGUACAAACAACCACCUCGCCAAUACUUCUCCAGGCAUCACUUUGAUCCUAACCCCGAUCCAUUUGAUCCAUACACGUCCAAUGCAACCUUUCACCAGCCUUCUUGUUCUUGUUUCCAUUGCUUCGAGAGACAUCACGGAGUUUCAGCGCCUGUUCCACCGUCAGCUUUCUCUAACAAGAGGUUCCCUGAUGUUUCAAACAAUCCCAUGUUCUACCAACAUGAAAACCCCGGGGCAUUUGGCCCGCAUAAUCAUGAUCCCAGGGCUACUGUUCCUCCUCCAUUGAAUUUUCGUGGUCCCCAAUCCUAUACAAGAUGGCCAAGUGAUCUUAACUCUGAAAUGUGUGGUUUUGUUCGUUAUCGGCCUAGGAGAGUUGUCUUGGCCAGUGGCGGUCGAUGCUGCCAUCCCAUAGCUGGAGGUGCUCCAUUUUUUACUUGUUUUAAUUGCUUUGGGCUGCUGCAAGUUCCCAAGAAAGUACUGUUUAUGGGAAAGAAUCAGCAGAAGAUUCGAUGUGGUGCAUGUUCUACAGUCAUCAAUUUUGCUGUUGUAAACAAGAAACUUGUUCUCUCUGUUAAUACAGAAGCGACACAUUUUCCCACAGAGGUCAAUGAUAGCUCUACUGAGAUAAUUAAAGACAGUACUUCAUACUCCCAUGGCCAGAUGAGUCGGAUAAAUGCUAAUUUCUCUUCUGAUGAUUAUGAUAAUUCUGGUUAUGACUUCCAAACGAUAGAUUCAGAACCAAAUGCAUUUUUAACUGGGCAGGGUUUGAAUUCAAUAAAGCAUCAAGAGAUGAAUAGCUUCCAUACUUCAUCUCUUAGCACCUCUGAGGAUGAAAACAGUCCAGAUGCUUUAAUUGCUCCUAGAGAGGUCAUCAACUCUGUUCAGGAGCCAAUUAAAGCUAGUCUAUCUCCACCACCUGCAGGUUCACCUCUCCAACAGCAUUUUGAUUUCUCAUCUAAUAAUAAUGUGGUGAACCGACUUGGGAAGGGGAACCGAAGUAGUCGCUCAGACCAAGAAAAGGUGAUAACAAACAAAGGUGCGGCGCGACAAAAUUCUAUGAAAGAGGCAUCUCUGGCUACUGAGAUAGAGGUACCGUUCCAUGAGUACGCUAAUACUGGGGUCUCACAAGAUUCUGGGGAUGCAAAUAGAGAAGAUAGUCAGUUGAAAAUCAACAAGGGGAGCGAUUCAUUUUUUGCAAACAUUAUCAAGAAGAGCUUUAAAGAUUUUUCCAGAUCGAAUCAGGAUGAGCGUGGUAGGAGUAAUGUUUCUGUGAAUGGCCAUAUCAUACCGGAUCGUUUGGUUAAGAAGGCGGAGAAGUUGGCUGGACCAAUCCAUCCUGGAAAAUAUUGGUAUGAUGCCAGAGCUGGAUUUUGGGGUGUCAUUGGUGGGCCUUGUCUUGGCAUAAUUCCUCCAUUUAUUGAAGAAUUUGAUUAUCCCAUGCCAGAAGAUUGUGCUGGCGGGAAUACUGGUGUUUUUGUAAAUGGGAGAGAACUUCACCAAAAAGAUUUGGAUUUACUUACUGGUAGGGGACUUCCUAUUGAUAGAGACAGAUCUUACAUCGUUGAGAUAUCUGGAAGAGUCUUGGAUGAAGAAACUGGCGAGGAACUUGAUAGUCUAGGCAAACUUGCUCCAACAGUUGAGAAGGUAAAGCAUGGGUUUGGCAUGAAAGUUCCAAAAGCAGCUGCAUAAUGUAAUUGCAGGAGAUAUGAAGUCCUAAUUCAACUUCUGGCAUAUGGUAAAUUCCUAUACUGGAAUUCGAAGCACCUUCUUGACAGAACUAUGUAGAAAAUGUGGAAAGUAUUUCCAGCAUUAUGGAACAUGAAUGGUGCAACGUUGGAUGGUAUCCUCUUAAAUACAAAGCUUGAUCUU